GCCACUCAUGGAAGUCCCUGGAAUGGAGCACGGCCAGCGAAUUCAACGCCUUGCUUGCUUUGUCCUAUUCCCUUCCUUCCUCUUGACUUGUCUUCUUUUCGACCUCCACAUUCGAGACAGCUCUCGAUAAACUCCUUGAAGGCCGACUCGGACUAGGGGGACCAUGGACCCACAGAGAGAGCCUGCCAACGGCACCAGAGCCUCUAACGGCGUUACUGGCCAUCACCAUCAUAACGUGGAGGCGAAAGAGAAGGCGGAGAGCUACGUCUCGCCCCCGUACUCGCGUUACCAGCGCGAGAUUACGAUGGGUGUCGCCCAAGGCACUCUCCCGCAGUUCUCACUCCAGAUGGAUGACCUGGCGGAAUCCAUGAAGGGCGUCAUGGGCGAGAAGGCGUACGCGUUCGCGAACGGUGCGGCCGGAGUAGGGUGGACGGAUAGAGCGAACCGAGAGGAGUUCUACCGCUGGCGUAUCAGGCCGAGGGCCAUGGUGAACACAGACACGAGAGAUCUUAGCGUGAACCUCUUUGGUCAUCGGAUACCAGCCCCAAUCCUCUUUGCGCCCAUAGGCGUAAACAACCUGUACCACCCCGAUGGAGAACUAGUGCCGGCCAAAGUUGCUGGAGAGCUUGGUCUUCCUUACUGCAUGUCGACGGCCUCCGCAUACACUAUCGAGAAGGUCGCAGAGUCCAACGACCUUGGCGCUGCUGUCCGUAGCCCGAACAAGCCGCUCGUAAACGGGCAGACGGAGCGCAAGGCCCAGUCUCCGCGGUUCUUCCAGCUCUACAUGUCCAACAACGAAGAGGUCGCUCUCGGAUAUCUCCAGCGCGCAUGGAACAGCGGAUUUGACGUGUGUAUGUUCACGAUUGACACGGUUCAAUUUGGCUGGAGACCAACCGCAUUCAGACCUGGCGCAUUCAAAUUCCCUCAUGCGAUCAAUUUCGUCCCCUCAGAUUGGUUCGUCGAGGUUUCUGUUCGUCAUCGUGCAAACGGAGACCCAAUCGAUCCAACUCACUGGCACGGCGUCUCCCACACAUGGGAGCGCAUCCCAUGGCUGAUUGAACAGUGGAAGCGCAUCUCGGGUGGCCGCCCGUUUGUCCUCAAGGGCAUCACAGACGCCGAAGACGCGCUUAAGGCGCUCGAGCUGGGCUGCGACGGCAUCGUGAUCUCAAACCACGCUGGUCGGCAGGUUGACGGUGCCGUCGGGACGCUGGAGGUCCUACCAGAGAUCGUUGAGGCCGUUGGAGAUAAGAUGACAAUCCUGUUCGACUCUGGAAUCAGGACAGGUUCUGACAUAUUCAAGGCGCUCGCACUGGGCGCACACGCUGUGCUCGUCGGUCGGCUCUACAUAUGGGGUCUUGCGCACUCGGGAGAAGAAGGCGUCCGGCACGUCAUGAAGGCAUUACUUGGGGACUUGGACAUGACCAUGACUGUCGCCGGCUACCCAUCCGUAACCAAGCUCAAUAGACGGGCGCUGAAAUACAACUCGAGCGGGGUUCCGCCCCAAUAAAUAGGUGUGGGCGAUUUUGUUAUAGUUAAGUUAUGCCUGGUAUGUUAUCUAUUCGUGGACACGUUGAAUUAUAUAGACAAUGUAAAGCCAAAAGCCCUCCUGGUCGACGUCCGUUCCCGUACACGCGUUUCGGAUCUCGGAUCUCCAUUAUAUGUAUCUCUCUUCUCUGCCGAUACUAGUGAUCGAUCCUACGAAGAUUCCUCACUAAAAUCUGUCCUCCAAAAAGCUGUUCAAGUGCACAUACAAAA